CGGCCGGGUGCAGGGGCGGCGGUCAGCUAGAGAGUGCGGCGGCUGCAGCCAGAGCGAGACUGGAGUUAGGCCUGAGGCCAGAGCAGCCAUGUCUGAGCUGAGUGAUGAAACCAGCGAGCCGGAGCUCCUGAACUGCAGCUUGUCCAUGUGGCACGGGCUGGGCACACGGGUCAGCCGGGAGGAGCUGGACGUCCCCCUGGAUCUUCACACAGCGGCCUCCAUCGGCCAGUAUGAGGUGGUGAAGGAGUGUGUGCAGCGGAAAGAGUUAGAUUUGAAUAAGAAGAAUGGUGGUGGCUGGACCCCGCUGAUGUAUGCCUCCUACAUUGGACACGAUACCAUCGUGCACCUGCUGCUUGAGGCAGGGGUUAAUGUGAAUGUGCCGACUCCGGAAGGGCAGACUCCGCUGAUGCUGGCCUCCAGCUGUGGCAACGAGAGCAUCGCCUACUUCCUGCUCCAGCAAGGUGCGGAGCUUGAGAUGAAAGACAUUCAAGGCUGGACUGCACUCUUCCACUGCACCAGUGCUGGGCACCAGCAGAUGGUCAAGUUCCUCCUGGACAGUGGCGCGAACGCCAAUGUGAGGGAGCCCACGUGCGGAUUUACUCCCUUGAUGGAAGCUGCUGCUGCUGGCCACGAGAUAAUCGUGCAGUGUUUUCUGAAUCAUGGAGUUGAAGUGGACAUGAGAGACCACAGCGGAGCCACAGCUCGGAUGCUGGCCAAGCAGUAUGGACACAUGAAGAUAGUGGCCUUGAUGGACACUCACUCCCCUGCUCUACCCAAGACCCCCUACCGCAGUCCAGCAGAAAAAUACGAAGAUCUGAGCUCUUCAGAUGAAUCCUGCCCAGGUCCUCAGAGACACAGGCCGUGUCGGAAGAGGGGCCUUAGCAUCCAUGAGGGGCCACGAGCCCUGGCAAGGAUCACAGCCAUUGGACUGGGAGGCAAGACCCCACCACCUGGCUAUGAGCAGGUGCCACCACGGGGCUAUGUGACCUUCACCAGCAGUGACGAGAACCCCCUGGAAGGGGAGGGCCUUUGCUACCGGGACGUCACCUCCCCAAUCAAUGAGCGGGAUGUGGAGAGCAGCAGCAGCAGCAGCCGGGAGGAGCCCACUUUCUGUGUCAGCCUCGGGGCAGUGCGGAGCAGCAGCAGCAGCGAGGGCCUAACAAGAGCCCAGGGGCUCAGCAGUGAAGCGUCCUUGGAGAGCAACGAGGAUUCAGAUCACACUCGCAAAAGCUCUGUUCGCAAACAAACCAAAAGUUACAUGAAGACCAAGAAUCGCUACAGCAACAGUGACAGCCAGUGGCCUCCCAGCACUGGGACUGUUGGGGCAGCCUGUUCCCCAGGAUCUGUCCCCCAAGUAGAGAGGCCCCCCUACUCAGGACCCCAGGAUCUGGCUGAGCUGCUGGAGCAGAUUGGGUGUCUGAAAUACCUGCAACUGUUCGAGGAGCAGGACGUGGACCUGCGCAUCUUCCUGACCCUCACCGAAAGUGACCUGAAGGAGAUUGGCAUCACGUUGUUUGGGCCCAAGAGGAAGAUGACGUCUGCCAUUGCCCGCUGGCACAGCAGUGCCCGUCCCCCCAGUGAUGCCCUGGAGCUGGCGUAUGCUGACCGGCUGGAGGCCGAGAUGCAGGAGCUCGCCAUCCAGCUGCACAAACGCUGUGAGGAGGUGGAGGCCAUGCGUGGCCAGGUGUCCCAGGAGCAGGAGCUGCGUGCUGUGGUGGAGAGCUGCCUGCUGGAGCAGGAUGGUGCCCGCAAGGACAUCCAGGCUCAGUUGCAGGAGACCUGGGCCCUGGCCCAGGGUGCUGCCCUCGUUCUGGAACAGCUGCGAGCCUGUCAAGCUGAGCUGUCAGCCCGAGUGAGGCAGGACCCCAACACAGCCACCUGGAACCCAGCCCUCCCUCCAGCAGACUCCAAAGGCUGGCACGUGUCCCUGCGGGCCAGGAGCCUCCCCGAGCUGUCGGAAGCUCUGGAAGACCGGGUCAGGGAGAUGGGUGAGUCUUCAGGAGGCCUUGCCUCAGCUCCCAGCUGGGCACUGGACUUCAGUGGGAGGGAGGAAGAGGGACUCGCCAGGGUCCCUGGCCAUUGUGGGACAGGCCCCACACUGUCAGCUCAGACCCCUGGGCAGUCUCAUUUGAGCUCAGGAAACAGUUGUUCAAGGUCAUUGAUUCCUAGUGCCCAGCCACCCUCCUUUCCCUUGCUGGGCAGAGCACUAACCACUUGCCAUGUCCUCAGGGCACAUGCUGACUUCAGUGACCCAGAGCCUGGAGAAGCUGCAGGUACUGAACGGGAAGGAGAAGUGGCGGGAGCCAUAGUGAGGAGGGUUGAAUCUGACGUCGGGUGAGCCAUCCACCCUGAAGACAGAAGAGCAGGCAGCCGCAGCAGCCAGGCCCCCAGGGGUGGGGGGUUGCUGAGGAUCAGCUCAGAGAGCAGGCUGCAG